AAAUCUGAACCAGAACCAGAAGCUGACUCUUGAUUGAGAUUGUUGUUGUUGUUGACUCUGCUGAUGAAGAGGAGGAGGAAGAGGACUAUUUAUAGACGCAGUGAGGAAGACAGGUUGUAUGAUGAUGAUGAAGAUGAGCUGUGUGAGCUGAAGGAGGAGAAACCCAUCAGGUUGGCAGAAACUCUGACAGCCAAGGAGAGGGAGUCCCUGGAGGAGAAGGAGGAGACUGUCAGAGAUGGAGAGAAGGGCCAGCAGGAGGAGGAGAAGGAGGUGAAGGAGGAGAAGUCUGAUGAUGAAGAGGGAGGAGGGGUGAAGAGCGAAGAGGAGGAGCUGGAGGAGCUUAGAGCUCAGGUGUUCCAACUGCUCCUUGAGCUGGAGGAGACGCGAGAAGUUUCACAGAGAAAUGAGGAGAGCUUCCUUGAGCUGCAAAGUCUGUUGGAGGAGGAGCGACUGGCCAGCGCUCACCAGGCCGAGACCUUCACCAGGCAGAUCCAGAAGCUGCAAGCUCAGCUGCGUUCAGUCCAGGAGGAGAUGAACAGCCUGGAGGAGGAGAAGGAAAGCGAGUUAGAGGAGGCUCAACAGGACUUGCGCUCAGCUCAGGAGGAGGUGCUGGUGCUGCAGCAGGCAGCUGAGGAGGUAGCGGCAGAGAGGGAAAAUGACAUCGCCUCCCUGCAGGAGGAGCUAUGUCGGCUGAGGGCGGAGCUACAGCGUCUCCACGCAUCGACCGCCGAGUAUGACCUGGAGAUCACAUCACUGAGAGCUGAGAUGAAGAUGAAGAGCUACAGCACUGCGACACAUGGUGAUGUGACGCAGCUGCAGGAGGAGUUGGUUUCUCUGACGGACAAGCGUCAAAUGCUUACCAGCGAUAAUAAGCAGUUGAGCAGCAAAGUGGAGCAACUUCAGCAGCAACAAGACAUGUGUGAUGACUCCUACCUGGCUGUCAGAGUGCUGGAUGAACAGGUGAAGGUGGACUCUUACAUCACCCUAACCCAACCUGGACCUGAACAGCAGGAUCUGGUCCAGAAGGACCCCGGCAGCUCUGAGACCAGCACCCUGAAGGUCCAGCUGAGACAAACUGAGGAAACGGCGCAGAAAGUCCAGAGAGAGUGUGAGGGUCUGAAGGUGGAGCUGGGGGAGCUGCAGCAGCUGUACGACUGCAGCCAGCGGGAACGGGCAGCGCUCCAACAUGAGCUCCAGCGCUGCAAGGCCGAGCUGCAGAAGUUACUGGACAGGAAGUCACAGAGCAACUCUGAAGGCUGGAACCUGGCGGUGGUGGCAGUUGCCAUGGCAGCUGUUGUGGUUCUGGUGGUUCCCAGCUUCACCAGAGCCUGAGGACUAACAGGAAGUGACCUCACAGCAAACUGUGGGAUUGUGGGAUUGCCAUCAUCUAUCCAGCGCUGCCCUCAUCCAUGUUGCUGUCCGGAUGUCUGCUUGUCACAACACUUCGACGCUUUUGACCGAACGCCACAGACGUCAGUGAGUGCUGGAGGGAAAAGCAAUAUGACUGUCCACAAAGACUCUUGCUGUGGGUCGGCACCAUGCAGCAGGUCAGAUGAUAGGUUCAUUGAUCCCUGCUGUGACUUCCAUGCAUUCACCAUCAUGAUCCACAUGGUUGUUCUUUGGUGGUAUCUAACUGCUGUAACAACAAGCAGAAUUAAAGUGACAUUGUGAUUUUUAUCUGCGUGAUGAAGGUUUUCAUGAUUGAAACAACAGCUUUAUACAAAACAUGAAAAGAAUAAUAGAUUUUUGUCUUGAGGUAUAACCAGGAAAAUCUGAAUAUUUAGUUAUAGUUUAAUUUAUUCUGAAUGCUGAAGUGGAAAGCAUCUAAGGACACAUAUUACAACCUCUCACAUAUCACGUAAAACAUUAUCAGUUUCUAUCAUGAUUUUCAGCACUUAAGUUGACACAAAGUUUUGAGAAAAUCCAAACAAAUACUACACCAAAACAUGCGGUUUGAUCUACAGAAGUUUAUUUUAACUUUAGGUUAUCAUUCAUCACACAGUCUUUAUGAAAAGCUGAAAUUUUCUCAUUGAAAAUUAAUGGGGUUUUACCUAAAUGAAUAAAAAUGAAACUCAAUUUGGAUCUCUAUAAUUCAGCCAUAAUUUUAUGUAGAAGCUUCAUUUAAAGUUUAAACAGGUCAUAAAAGAUAAAACCUUUACUGUGUGAGACAGCAUUUAAUAACUCUGUCACCAUAGCAACCAGUUAGACAGAUGCUCCUUGUUUUCAGACUGCCCCCUUAAAACAUGUAAAAUGGCAGCCGUAAUCUCACCGGGCAGUAGCUGUAUUGGCAUCCAUAAAAUUUCUUCAGAAAUUUCCUAGUUAUUGUUUUUUUUUUUCAACAUUUUUUUUAUUCAUAAUUUAUUAUUUCUGAUCAGCAAACAGUUGUAGCUCUCUGUGUUAAGUGGUUUGUGUCCACUAGAGGACAGAAAGUUGACUCUGGAACAAUGACAAAAAUAAAAAUGUAUAUGUUUUAUCAUUGUUUUUUUUUUUAGUGAAGAAACUUUUUUAUGGCUUCUAAAACUAUAUAAAAAAGGAAGCUGUCUUUUAAUGUGUCUGUCUUGCAAGAACUGAGGAUGAAGGUGGUUCAUUCCUAAUUAUUGGAGGAUCUGUUUUAGCUCCGCCCACCCACAGUCCAUCUGAUUGCUUCUUGUGUUCACAGCCGCCCCUCAGAGGUGAAAAGUCUUCACAUUCAGUAUGAAACCAUCAGUUUGUGUCUGUAAAAGAAAACCUGAACCGUACCUGUGGGUCAUGAUGGCAGGUGUUUGAGAAUCACGUGACCAGCUUAUUGACCACCCAGAGCCGCACCUACAACAAUUUUAUUUGUUUUAUUUGUCAAGUGAACAGCUGAUUGUUUGUUCUGAAAAUGAUCCUAAUCAGGAAACCUGAACCAGCAGAACCCAAAGAGAGAUGUCCAAACCGGAUUCUCAGAUAGCACGAUGCCAGUCACUUUGUAAAGAGUCCAAACUCAGAAACGUAGCAGAUGUUUUCAGGGUCUUACUUUAACAAAAAGUUCGUGCUCUGAAAGUCUUAUUUGCCUUAUUUUUCUUUCUGGAUUAAAAGGAUUUUUUGCACUUGCUGAUAAUGGAGGAAAAGGUACCAGAUAAAACUGGAUUUGUGUUGGACUGCUUCAGUCCUGCUUCCUGCUGUAUGUAACCUCAUCAUGUCACAGCUAAUGCUGCUUAUUGACCAGCUUUGUUCUGUAGCAUGAAAACAGCAGAUUCACUCAGCUGACAUCAUUUUUUCCUUUUAGCUUUAAAUGGCUGAUGAAAAAUACUUGACAGGAAACGGACGUUGCUUCAAAUCUUAAAUUAUAUUUUUGCACAGACAAUUUAUGAGAAAGACAGAUUAAUUUCUUGUUAUUCAACAGGAAAAUUCAUACAACUGUUUUUGUUGAAAAUAUCUCGACAGUGGAAGUAAAAGUCGAAUAAAUGUGGUAUCAUUACAGUAUUAAUGCCAGAUUUUUAUUAAUGCAAAUGACACUUUAUUUUAGUUAUAAAAGAAGACAGUGAAAAAUAGUUUUUAAAAAUUAAAUACAGGAGAGAUUAUAGAGGAUAUUUUCCAAUGGAAAUGGAUCCUGAUUUAUGUAUACAUUUAAAUAGAGACCAAACAUCCACUAAGAAUAGAACUAAAUGUCCAUAUGACUGUGAUCCUGAUGUUCUGGGUGAAGAGAGA